AGAGAGGAGAUAACCGAUGUUUAAACUAAAAUGGCGGCUGUCAACUGAUCGGUAUUUUGUUCUUCAAUCAUUCGAAAGUGAAAAAUUUCCAAAAAGUCGGUGUUCUGGUGUGUUGGAGUGGCCGCAAAAUGUGCAAUAUAACGUGAACGUGUCCGUUCUGGGCCCCUCUGUGCGUUUCCCGUGCUCCAGAGUGAAGGUUUCGAACAAUGGCGGUUAUAAUACAGUGUGUGUUUGUUUUCGAUUGAUCCAGUGUGUUGAUGUGUGCAAUUGUCAUUGAUUUGUCUAAUGAUGAAUACUGUCAAUGCCGGCGACAACUUUUACGAUUUCACCAAUGAGGAAAAUUCGGCCAAGUGGAAAGGAGUGCUCACCACCGCCUUGAAGCGGGUGCUGGAGCAGGUGCACCCGUCUUUGGACGCCCGCGAAGAUGCCCUCGAAUACGUCGAAAACCUCUGUUUGCGCCUUCUGGCCAUGCUCUGCGCCAAACCUAGUCCACACACAGUCCAGGAUGUUGAAUAUAGAGUACAAAGCACGUUUCCUACCCCCAUCGAUAAGUGGGCCUUGAAAGAGGCCCAAGGCGCCCUCGAUCGAGGCAAAAAGAAGUCCGUUUUGCUGUUGCCAGUUGACAAAAUUCACAGUUUAUUACAAAAGGAAUUGCUAUUGUACAAAGUCGACUCGACCGUCUCCCUCUUUCUAGUCGCUGUUUUGGAGUACAUUUCGGCCGAUAUUUUAAAAUUGGCGGGAAAUUACGUGAAAAACAUCAAACAUUUCGAAAUCACCUACCAGGAUGUCCAGAUUUCGAUGAAUGCGGAUAAGCCCACAGCCAUGGCACUCAUGGAUAUGUUCUAUCAAGAUGAAGGAGGGGGACCUGGUUUACCGACUGAGUCGCUUUUAGUGUCGUCGGCUCCGCGCACGAGUCUCACGUAUGAGGAAGUCGUAAGAGAGUUAAUAGCUUCGGAAAAAGCAUACAUCAAAGAACUACACAUGUUGAUCAAAGUGUUUCGCGAGGAAAUUAUCAAACUAAGCUCCGAUUCGACCGAAAUUGAACUGAUUUUUUCGAACAUUAUGGAUAUUUACGAACUGACGUAUACUCUAUUGGGUAGUUUGGAGGACGUCAUCGAGAUGGCGCAAGACCAAAUGUCGUACAUUGGCAGCUGUUUCGAAGAGCUGGCCGAAGCCGCCGAAUUCGACGUGUACAUAAAAUACGCGAAAGACGUAACCGCCCCCACAUGUCGCUCCACCCUCAACAGCCUCCUCUCGCGCCCCGACGUCGAAAACGCGCUCAUCUCAGCCGGUCAAGGCAUGCGUCUCGCCCUCAAGUAUUACCUGCCUGCGCUUCUAAUGGGCCCCAUCCGACACUGCUUCUCCUACAUCGAAUACAUCACCAUUUUACGGGGCCUGUCCGUGGCCCCCGAAGACCGCGAAACCCUCACCCAAGUCGAAGGCUUACUCAAACCCCUCCAAAUCGAGCUCUCCCGGUGCGUCCCCUCCCCCGCCAUGCUGCGCAGCUGCUCCACCCCCUUCCUCCAAGUGCGGGCGCGCCGACAAGCCGCCUUGGAUAAACUGCACGAAAUCGAGAAGAACGUCGAAAAUUGGGACCCGAAGGAUUUGGGACAGUGUUGCAACGAGUUCGUGCGAGAGGACGUCCUGAUGAAAGUUAGUUCAGGGAAACGCUUAACCGAACGAAGAGUUUUCCUCUUCGACGGUUUACUCAUCUUGUGUAAACCGAACUCAAGACGACAGAGUUCCGUUCACCAAAACCACGCAGAAUGUCGCUUAAAGGAGCGUUUUUUCAUCCGAAAAGUCGAAAUCAUCGAUCACUUGGACACCGAAGAGUUGAAGAACGCGUUCGAAAUCGCGCCAAGACACAUGCAACCGUCGGUGAUUUUGUGUGCGAAAACAGCCGAAGAGAAAAACUCGUGGAUGGCCGACUUGGUGAUGUUGAACACGCGCUCGAUGUUGGAACGCAUCCUUGAUAGUAUUUUGUCGGAUAUUGAGCGGAAACACCCCCUUAAACUUCCACCGCCGUCUUUGUACAAAUUUGCGGAGCCCGACUCCAAGGACAACAUCAUCCUCGAGCAGCGCGAGAACGGAGGUGUGCCCCUGAUCAAGGGCGCAACACUGUAUAAACUUGUUGAAAGACUGACUUAUCAUAUUUACGCCGAUCCGAAAUUUGUGCGCACGUUUUUGACGACGUAUCGGAGUUUUUGUUCGCCGAAGGAGUUGCUCGAUUUGCUCAUUGAACGAUUUCAAAUUCCCGAUCCGUCGCUGGUUUAUGAGCAGGAGUGUUGCGACACGGAUAAAAUGCAGAAAAAUAAUCAAAGGGAGGAUUGGAAAAAGUACAGGAAGGAGUACGUGCAGCCGGUGCAGUUCCGAGUGUUGAAUGUGUUGAGGCAUUGGGUUGAUCAUCAUUUUUAUGAUUUCGAGCGGGAUCCCACACUUUUGGUUAAAUUGAGGGAUUUUCUGGAUGCGGUCAACGGGAAGAGCAUGAGGAAGUGGGUGGACAGCGUGCUCAAGAUAUUGCACAGAAAGAUGGAAAACGAUAAUCAGCGACACAUCCGCUUCGCCUUCGACGAGCCUCCGCCCCCGAUCGAAUGGCACAUCCCUUGCACCGAAGAAGAAUACGGAAUUCUAACCCUCCACCCUGUCGAAAUCGCACGCCAACUAACAAUUCUCGAAUUCGAUCUGUACCGAAUGAUCAAACCUUCCGAACUAGUCGGAGCCGUUUGGACAAAAAAAGACAAAGAAACGACAAGUCCGAAUUUACUCAAAAUGAUCAAACACACAACUAAUGUGGGCCGCUGGUUGGAGAAAAACAUCGUCGAGGCGGAAAAUUUCGAAGAACGCGUCGCAAUCCUAAACCGAAUAAUCGAAAUAAUGAUAGUUUUAUACGAAAUAAAUAAUUUCAACGGAGUCUUGUCGAUCGUCUCGACUUGUGCCUCGGCCUCCGUUCAUCGCCUCAAGCUGACUUUCGCCGCGCUGACGCAACAGAACAAGAAGGCGCUGGAGGAGUGCCGAGCCGACGACCAUUUCAAAAAAUACCAAGAGAAACUACGCUCCAUCAACCCGCCCUGUGUCCCCUUCCUGGGCAUGUACCUCACCAACAUCCUCCACAUCGAGGAGGGCAAUCCCGACUUCCUCCCCAACACCCAACUCAUCAACUUCUUCAAGCGCCGAAAAGUCGCCGAAAUCACCGGAGAAAUCCAACAAUACCAGAACCAACCGUACUGUUUCAGCGUCGAAUCGAAAAUCCGCCACUUCCUCGAAAACCUCAACCCGUUCGGCGACCUCUCCGACACCGAAAUCAGCAACUACCUGUACAACAAGUCGAUGGAGAUCGAGCCCAGAGGCCAGAAACAAGUCCAGAAAUUCCCCCGGAAAUGGCCACAUCUGAGCCUCAAAAGUCCGGGCAUUAAAUCAAAGGCGAAAACCACAGCCACGGCGGUCACAAAUGCGAUUAAUUCCACCCUGAAUUCGUCAAACAUCAAGAGCGACGACUCAAAGAGCGAAGAUUCCUCGAAAUCGGAUAACGAGUUUAGCGUUUUUGCGCCCGUUCAGUUGGGCACCUGCCAGAACAGCCCCACCUUAAGCCCGGUCUCGCCAGCCACAUCCAACACCAUCCUGAGCUGGUUCCAGCCCAACCACAACCGCAGCCCCAGUGUGGGCUCCAUCAUGUCCACGACGUCGAUGCGCAAUCCGCCCCCGCCGCCCCCACAAGCGUCAAAGUACCAACACUAUAGCCAAAGCUCGACGGGGGGCUCGAACAGCCCGGGGCCGCACAGCCCCGCCUCGCCCGGCCCCGUCCAAUCCUACGAACCUAACAGUCCGCGCCGUCCGCUAACCCCGCCCCCGCCUCCGCCCCCGCUCCCGCCCCGGCGGCGCCGCGACAGCCCCGAAAUCAGUUCCCCGCAAUUAAAGACCGAUCCUCAUUGGCGCGAAUGCUCCCCUCCCCCGCUGCCCCCACGUCGCGGCGAUCCCGGUUCGUCCCCCAGCUCCCACAUUCAACACUCGCAUCAUUCCUUUAACUCGUUCGGGGGCGGGACCAUGCCCCGACUCAACCCCACCCACAUGUCGCAGUUGCACAUGCGGCGGCAUUCAACGGUCCAACCGCAGGUGCCGAGGAGGACGGUCCAUGCGAACGUCACGCCCUUAGUUCCUCAGAACCAACCAGCGAGUAUUUCGCCACGGUAUGACUCGGCCACGCCUCGGCUGCCGCCCAGGCCGGCGGCCCGGUCCGCCGACAUGGUCACGGGACCCAUGUUCCAAUACCCGAGCACUACCACAACUUAAUGAGGGAGGGGCUUCCAAAUAAGCAAGUUUUAUCAAAAUGAUUUGAAUUUGUUGUCGUGUGUACAAAAGACUUGUUCUAUUUAUUACGUAUUUUAUGUAAGUAUAGAGUUGGCGAUGUUUUUCCCCCUCUUACACUGAUUGAUGUACAUUAUGUAAAUACUGUAAUAUAAUGUAAAUGGAUAAAUAUAGUUGCCAAAAAGUGUAAUAUGGAAAAACAGUUUUCUAUGUUGAAUUUUUAUGAUAAUACAUUGGGAUGGUGCGAUUGACUCGCAGACUUAAUCCCGCUAUCUCAACGUGGAAAGGAAUUGUUACAGUAUAGAUGUUUAUCUUGAGUUUGCGUAAUUGGGGACUUGCCCCACCGCCGGACAAGUCCCCAAUCGCCCCCUUAAAUUGAUGAUUUUUUAAUCUGUGAUAGUAGAAAAUGGACCAUACUUUGUAAAAAAAAAUUUACUAUGACCUUCAAAUAAUAAGUAUAAUAAAUGUAUCAAUGUAACAA